GUAUCUGCUGAUUCUUUUUCAUAAGGGUCCCAAAGACGUCUGAGAUUUUGAAUACUGGGCUACAGCGUGGCAGGAUGGCGACUCUCACUCGGACGGUCCCAAAGAAGUCUGAGAUUUUGAAUAUUGGGUUACAGUGUGGCAAAAUGGCGACUGUCAUUCAGAAUCCACUAAAAGCCCUUGGUGACCAGUUCUAUAAGGAGGCCAUUGAGCACUGCCGCAGCUAUAAUGCCCGCCUGUGUGCUGAUCGCAGCGUCCGCAUGCCAUUCCUGGACUCACAGACCGGCGUGGCACAGAACAACUGCUACAUCUGGAUGGAGAAACGCCACAGGGGACCAGGGCUGGCUGCGGGUCAGAUGUACUCUUAUCCUGCCCGCUGUUGGAGAAAGAAGAGGCGACUGCAUACCCCCAUUGACCCUCAGCUUCGACUGUGUGAACUCAGGCUUGAAGCUGAGCUGAUGCCCAAGAAAGAAGCCCCGCCCACUGAGGCCACAGCCCUGGAGGCUCUGCUGAGAGGGGAGGGAAUACUGGACAAGAAGAGCAGCAACAGCAAUGCUAAGGAAGAAGAGACACUGCUGGAGAUUCAGAGGGUGCUCGAAGCUGAGGAGAAUGGGGAUGGUUUCCAUGACGACGAGGACUUUGAUGUGGACACACCAAAGAGGAAGCAGCGAAACAAAGGCAGGAGGGGCUCUGGCCGCAGGAGAGCCGAGGCAGUGGCCAAUGAUGACCAGGACAAGCCCUACGUGUGUGACAACAGAUACAAACAAAAGCAUAACUCAAAAACUGCUGACUCAGUCUGCGGUAAGCGUUAUAAGAACCGCCCGGGUCUGAGCUACCACUACACCCACACACACCUGGCUGAGGAGGAGGGAGAGGAGGAGCGGGAAAUGGAAAUUCCACAAUCACCACCUGAACACAACCCUGGAAACCAUAAACCCCAAAAGGGACCAGACGGUGCUAUCAUCCCCAACGAUUACUGUGACUUCUGCUUGGGGGACUCCAUCUCCAACAGGAAGACAGGCCAGGCUGAGGAGUUAGUGUCCUGUUCUGACUGUGGACGCUCUGGCCACCCGACUUGCCUUCAGUUCACAGACAACAUGAUGCAGGCUGUGCGUACGUACCAGUGGCAGUGCAUCGAGUGCAAAUCCUGCAGUCUGUGCGGCACCUCAGAGAACGACGAUCAGCUCCUCUUCUGUGAUGACUGUGAUCGUGGUUACCACAUGUACUGCCUCAAACCUCCCAUGACUGAGCCUCCUGAGGGGAGCUGGAGUUGUCAUCUGUGUCUGGAUCUUCUGAAGGACAAAGCAUCUGCAAGUGGAGAACCAUCAGUUGCUUAAAGAGGGGCAGCUUAUUCCACCUCAGCACAUUUACAGCAGAAUCACAGCACAGAGCAGAAUCAGGACGGGGGUACACACCUGUUUCUGCACAGUUUCAGCUCCUGACUGAAGUGGCUUUGGGAGCGUCUACCUCUGUAACGGUCACCGAUCUACACAGCACAAGCAAUACACACAGCUGGACACUUCAUGAGUCACGAGACCGAGCACUCAGCAGUCUACCUCUCUAUCUCUCCAGCAUACACACAAACACAGAAACAGCUCAUGCUGAUCAGCACUACAGCGCAAACACACUGAACCAGUCCAGGUUUUUUUAAAGAACAAUCAUUUCUGUCCAACACAACUGAAGAGCAUGUACCAAAAAAAGACUCAUGAUGCAAAACUGAUGUGAUAGAAGCUAGUUUCAUCACUCAGUUCAUUGUUAACAUGUUUCAUUCAAUCCAGGUAUCUGUAAAAUAAAUGUGUUAGGCUAUUAAUUACUGUCAUAAUGAAGCAAUAAUAGGAUUGGCAGAUCUUUGCCACGUUCACCUAAGGUACAGAACAGUCAAAAUAACCUGUUAAAAUAACCCCCAAUUCAUUAUUCUUUGUUUAUAUCACUUUUUACUAUAUUUCCAUUUCUGUAUAUUUAAGCAAAAAAAAAAAAAAACAUUUCACUUCAGUAUGUGAUGCAAGUUUUCUCACAGCUGUUAUUAGCUUGCACUGAGUGACUGCUAUGAAGAAGAAAAAUGUGAGUAGGAAAAGGUGUUACAUAAGUAGAUAGAUAUUAGGACAUUGGAUUAUUGAACGCUUGUGAAUGCAAUCGUAAAAGCAGCAAAAACAAAAAUCAUCUUAGCUACGUAAAAAAGUAUAUAUUUAAUGCUAUACAGAGUUACUAUCACUUUGUCAGGACUGGAACAAAAACUGUCGUUUUGUGCUUUUUUUCAUUGUAUAUCUUUCACAGACAAUCAUGAUUUAGAUUAGUUAGUUACAGAUGUGGGCAAAAUUUCUUGGUACCCUUCCACACAAAAAUUAAGAACCUACACUUUUCUUUAAAUUAUAAAUAAUAAAACAAAUGAACCUAUGACACCUACAGAAAUGAUGGGACUCUUAAGCCCUGAAAAACAUACUUUAAACAAGGACCCAAAUGCAGACAGGAUGCAGAGCUACGCAGACUGGGGUUUACAUUUUUGAAUGUAGUUGCAUUCAAAAAUAUGCCACAAUGCAUUCUGAGCGUUACUACAAGGGGCAUUUCACUGACAGCCAAGUUGUCUUUUGUUGCCAUGGUGUUUUUUUCCAUUUGCCUGUAAUAAUAGUAAACCUACAGAAGCUAUGAUUUGUCCUGUGUGCUACUUCACUAUUGUACUUAAGAAUUAGUAUGAUUGUUUUCUCCAACUUCCGCUUUUACUUUACUACAUAUUUUAAGUAAAAUAUGAGUUUAAUACUUUUAAUCCAAAACAUUUUUAUGUGUUCACUACUCACCGUUAAUCAUUACAAAAAUAAAAAUGUUAGGAAUCAUUCUCACAUUAUCACUAAAGACAAAGCGGUAGAUGCUCUGCACUGUUACCGGGUUUGAUGAAGCUCCUCAUCAUUGAAUGAAUCCAGUGAUGAAGCUAAUACUUUUCACUGCUUUCUGUAAUAACUACAUAACACAGUACAGUACUUUUAUUUUUAGUACUUGAGUACUUGAGUAGUACAUUUUACAAUAAACUACUUGCAAUACAUAAGUACAAAAAUGCAGACUAUUUUAGUACUUCCAUUGACUUUUUUUCAGAUGUUUUUGAUAAAAUCUGAGUAUAAAUCUGAGUCUCUAGUACUUUAUACAUCUCUGGUUUUAACCAACACAGUAAUGUGAGAAUGCAAGUUGUGUUUGUACAGCAAAACCAGCAUUUACAUCCGUAUGUAUGAAAAUUGACCAGAAAAUAGACAUUGAUAGUUAUUUCACCUUAUAAUAUGACGUGUUUAGUUAUUUCCAGUGUUCACUGGGUUCAGAUCAGGGCUCAUAGAUAGGUCACUUCAGUAUAGUCCAGUGUUUUGAACUUUGGACUGAGUGAUUUAAACUGUGCUCCGGGUCAUUAUCCUGGGUCAGGUUUAAUGACCUGCAGAAAAAGACACUAAGCACAACACAUUGCUUAAGAUUGUCUUGAUAUUACUAAGAUUUAAUUAUGAUUCCAAUAGAUAGCUCCAUGUUUACAGUAGGUAUUAAUGCUCUAUUAUAUAAAAGUCAGCAUAGCAAGUCAGUACACAUUAUAGCAAAUUCUUCUUCCAUGGAGCCCAAAAUGCACAACCACUGAUGAACCAUGACCUUGGAGUUUAACUCUUAUCUGUUUGGAAAUUUCCCCUGGCUCUUUGUCUUUCACUCACAUUAUCCCUCUGUUUUCUCCUGUGACCACAUCCAGGGAGGCUGGCUACAUUCCCAGGGACCUUGAAUUUCUGAAUAAUAUGUGCAACUUUAGUCACAGGAACAUCAGUCUGAGAUACUUUUACAGUCUUUACUUUUAACAUAAAUGUCUAAAAUUAGCAGAUUAAAGACAUGUGUGUUAAUAAUUUUGAACAAAAACGCUAAACCCUAAACCUUAAAUUUAGCCUUAAACCUAACCAUAAAAGAGUAAACUUAGGCUUAGGGUUGGGGAUAGGUGUAGGGUUACAUUUAACUUUUAACUCAGUUGCAUUUAAUAGACAUUUAGUUAGUUGAAUCUUAUUUGAGCAUCUAUGAGGCAUCUACAAUAGAUCACCCAGAUAAAGCAUGUCCCUUAUUUUCAAUAAUGUUAUUUUUUGUUUUGCUUCAAUCAAUUACAUUUCAAAGGACCCCUGCGGAAAAUAUAUAUUUUUAUUUCUUCAGUUUCCAGCAGGAAUGAAGCAUUGUUUUAAUGAGCUGUAGGGGUACCAACAAAUCUGCCCACCUCUGUGUGUAGUUUUGUAUGUGUUGCAUUUUGAUAUUCAUUCCAGUUGUGCUUCCCCAUGCCAAGAAAACCUGGAUUUUUUGUGCAUGCUGUGUUUCCUUCUAAAUCCUGCGUCUUGAUCUAUGUUUCUAUUUGUGUUUUUUUAGCCUGUGCGAAUAGAAAUGACUGUUCAGCCUGCAUGUUUUCACUUGCAUAGAAAGGAACAGAUAUGAAGAGAAGAGAACUCCACACUCGUCCUUUUGUAAGUGUUUGACUAAUUGAUGUGUUGGAGAAACAUUCCAUUGUAGCAAUCACUCCUGAAAGUUCUGUAGCUACCUCCCCUCUUUUGUAGGGGGAAAAGGGUGCUUAAAAAUUUUACACCUUGCAGAGUGAAACAUCUGCUCGCUCCAUUUUGUAUUUCUUUGUUCAUGAUAUAUUAGCAUCUCUAUUUCCAUCUGGAUAUUCUCGCUUGUCGUCUCUCUCUCUUCCCUCCUCCGGUCUGUAUAAUGCAUUAGAGGCUCUAUUUUCAGAGCCAAUUUAUCAAGGCAAAUCCUCCGAAUCCUCAGAUCUGCUGAAUAUUUCAUCUGUUUCUGGCAAGGACUGAGCUACAUUGAUCCUAGCGAACAAAGAGCUUCAGGAGACACUCUGAUCAGAUGUCAUGGAAAGUCAGGAAACAUGAAUGAAUAUAUACCAAUUUGAAGGCAGGAUAAACAAGCUGAUUAUUCUCAUUAAAUUAGACCUAAUUUACUGUUUUUUUUUUUUGUAAUUUGUUUUUACCUCUCUUUCACAUGUUGUUAACAGAUUCUUGUUGUUUUUAUUGUUUGAAGUAUAAUAAAUGGUUUAAAAAUGUU